CCCGUUCCCACGCCCUUCGGAGCCAGGUGCCAACUAUCUCUUUAAGAAGGAAAGUGAAGACCAGCCGCUUACGCAGCCGCCGGCGAGCCGCGGACUGGCUCGUCCUUUCCAUCCGCCUCCCCUCCCCGGCCCGCCCCUCCCGCCGGCAGCCCCAGCCCCGGCGCGCGCCCAGUUAGCGCUUCCAGCAGGGGCUCGGGAGAGCAGUCCGGCGGCCCUGGCGGGGCAGCCGAAGCCAUGGGAGCCUCCGCAGGUUGCUGAUCAGGGCCAGGCAGCUGCAGCAGCGACUGCAGAGGCGCUGCGCCAAGCCGGGCCGAAGUGGUGCGAGCCGGCCGAGCUGCGGAGGGCGAGUGGACACAGCCCCCGGGACACCGCCCAUCCCGCCCCUCACCCGGACCCGCAGCCUCAUGGCCAUGUCCCUGUCGGGCAGCAGACGGGCCUCUGCCGGAUCCCGCAGGCGCACCUCUCCCCCCGUGAGCGUGCGGGAUGCCUACGGCACCUCUUCUCUCAGCAGCAGCAGCAACUCCGGCUCCUGCAAGGGCAGUGACAGCAGCCCCACCCCCAGGCGCUCCUUGAAGUACACGCUGUGCAGCGACAACCAUGGCAUCAAGCCACCCACCCCCGAGCAGUACCUGACCCCCCUGCAGCAGAAGGAGGUGUGCAUCCGGCACCUGAAGGCCAGGCUGAAGGACACACAGGACCGGCUCCAGGACCGGGACUCGGAGAUCGACGACCUGAAGACGCAGCUGUCGCGCAUGCAGGAGGACUGGAUCGAGGAGGAGUGCCACCGCGUGGAAGCCCAGCUGGCCCUGAAGGAAGCCCGCAAGGAGAUCAAGCAGCUCAAGCAGGUCAUCGACACUGUCAAGAACAACCUGAUCGACAAGGACAAGGGGCUGCAGAAGUACUUCGUGGACAUCAACAUCCAGAACAAGAAGCUGGAGACGCUGCUGCACAGCAUGGAGGUGGCCCAGAACGGCACGGCCAAGGAGGACGGCACCGGGGAGUCGGCCGGCGGCUCUCCCGCCCGCUCCCUCACCCGCAGCUCCACCUACACCAAGCUCAGUGACCCGGCCGUCUGUGGGGACCGGCCCCCUGGGGACCACCCUGGCUCCUACACCGAGGAUGGGGCUGAUAGUGGCUUCGUGGCAAACGAUGACACAAUGAGCCGGACGGAUGUGCUGGAGGCCAGCAGCCUGCUGUCCUCAGGGGUGGACUGCGGCCCUGAGGAGGCCUCCCCGAACAGCUCCUUCAGCCUGGCUCCCCGCUUCCCGGCCGGCAGCGCCUAUGCAAAGCUGCUCUGCGGCACGGAGGCCGGCGUGCAGGCCAGCUGCAUGCAGGAGCGCGCCAUCCAGACAGACCUUGUGCAGUACCAGCCUGACCCAGACGCCAUUCUGGAGAAGGUGGCCGUGGCCCAGGUCUGCGGGGCAGGUCCCCCGUCAGGGGACAGGUGCUUGGAGCCGGAUCCCCACCCCCCAGGGCCCAGAGACCCCAGCUCAGCAGUGGUGGUGACGGUGGGCGAUGAGCUUGAGGUCCCAGAGCCCAUCACUCGUGGGCCGACCCUGCACCAGCCUGGCACCAACCCCAACUCCCGCCUGUCGGUGAGCGUGGCGUGCCCUGUGGAAGAGGAGGAGGAGGCGGCUUCUGCUGAGAAGGAGCCCAAGAGCUACUGGAGCCGCCACUACAUUGUGGAUCUGCUGGCCGUGGUGGUGCCGGCUGUGCCCACGGUGGCCUGGCUCUGCCGCUCCCAGCGGCGCCAGGGCCAGCCCAUUUACAACAUCAGCUCCCUCCUGCGGGGCUGCUGCACCGUGGCCUUGCACUCCAUCCGCAGGAUCAGCUGCCGCUCCCUCGGCCCCAGCACGGCGGGCGGUGGCGGCUCCCAGCUCUGAGGAGGCCGGCCCAGCCGGUGGCUCGGUGGCCUGACCGCUGAUAGUAGGGGUGCCGUCCUCCCUCUCACACAUUCCCAUGGGACAUCAUCUUAUUUAUUUAGUUUUUGAUUUGGAAGUGGUUCUUUCAGGAUGUUAGCAAUGCCGGGGGCUGGGAGUCAGGGGGUUGGUGGAGACCGUCCCACAGCCUGGACAGGAGAGGAGGGAAGGGAGACCCAGGGCAGGGAGGCACACGAUGGGACAGAGUGCAGGGGGAGAGCUGGCGAGGUCCUCACCCCAGCCUCUCCCACUUGGCCCCUCACAAGGGCAGCCGCUGCUCAGGAAGCCUCUGGUAUAUUGAUCUGGGGAGGCUGGCCUCCGCUGCCCUACCCCCGCCACCCCAUCCUGCUCAGUCCCCUGAUCGCUCCACACCACCCCUCGCCCUCAGCCCAGCUUCAGGGCGGUGUUACCCCCUCAGAAGAAGCAGCUGUGACCCAAAAAGUACAGGCACCUGACCCAGGACCCCGAGCCGGGUCUGGAACUGCCGGACCUGGGCUGGAGCCCCGGCCUCCUCAGUCUGCCCCCGCUCGGUGGAAAGCCCGUGAUGGGCAAGAGGUGGCAGAGGGCAGUGUGGGCUCUGUGUCUGUCUGUCUGUCUGUCUGUCCCAGACCUCCCCCACGAUCCAUUCCCCUCCUGGCGCUCCUGGGUGUGUCUGGUGACUCUUUCUGUGAACGCUAAGCCAAGCAGGCUAGGUGCUGGGGUAGGAAGGCUCCCCUCCAGAGAGUUUGCCGCUGGUGCCGGUGCAGGGAGAGGGGGCGGGGUCGGCAGCUCAGGGCUCCGGUCCUCCCGCCCGGCCUGUGGAGAUGGGGCCCUGAGGCCUGGGAGGCCGGGCUGGGCUCAGCAAUCCUCGGCUGGUACGGAAGGCCAGAGGCCAUGACAGCCCCCAGAGCUCACCCUGACUUUCUCAGGGGCCUCAGGCCCAACUUCUGCUUUGCACUAUAUUCACUUUGGGGCUCGGUUCCCACACAUCCCCGGAUCUCCUGCAAGGUGGCUGUUUACUUUCUAGGGGGAGGGUUCCUGACUCUUAGACUUUUCUGCCUUAGGGGGGAUUUCUGGCAGGACGAAUGACGAGAUGGGUCCAGGCCAAAACAGGUGCCCUGGGACCUGUCCCGGGUUGGGGUGGGGCAGGGCCGGCGGGAGCCCUGCAGCCCCCUGCUCCCAGCCAGAGCCCAGGAGGCCCGGGACGCUUCACUGUCUGUCCUCCCUCCUUCCCCGGGACCCCAUCUGGGCCCCCAGCAAAGCUGCUGACAUUCUGCUACCACUGUUACAAAGCAGAUCCCGUCGUUUCUCCCGGCAGGUUUCCACCCGUCCGGUUGUCCCAUCCACUCUUCAGAGUCAGGCCCCACAUUUAGGGGGGUCGGUGGGACCCUGUGUCCUACCUACCCCUCGGGCCUAGGGGCCACUCUGGUUCUCUGCCAAGGUUGCUUGCCCACCCCCGCCACUCCAGCAGCCAUCUCCCGACUCCCGACUUGUGGGCUCUGCCCUUCCUUCCCAUGCCCCUGCCUUGAGGCGGGGCACUUGCAUGCACCGGGAGUGGGCGGCCGCCCAGCCAUCGGGGCAGCAGCCCCUCUGCCACGCGCUUGUGCCUCCGAAGCCCCCCUCCUCGGCCGGGGCCUCAGACCAGCCAUCCUCUGCGGAGCACCCCCACCCCAGCCGAACAAAACCGAACUCCUGGGGCUGGGCCAGGGCUGCCCUGAGGGCCCUGGGGUCGUGGCGCGGAGGGGCAGCGGGCAAACCCAAUCCAAAGCCAAGCCGGGACCGGCCGCGGCACCAGCAUCCUGUGCCGUGUGCUCACGGAGCUGCACAGUGUCUCUUUAGAAGUAGUCAAAGCUUUGCUGAGAAAAUAAACGUAUGACUCUACUUGACAACAUAAACUCUGUUCUCCACCACCGGCAUUUACUGGAGCUGCAUAGCCCCUCCGCUCCCAUCCGUGUCUUGCUGUCUGUGGCCUUCCUGUUGUAUCCUGUGUUUUGGUGGAUGUGGUCGGGGCUGGGGCCACAGUCCACGCUGUCCCUGCUGCUGGAGAAGCCACUGGCGAAGGUCUGGCCAGGGCUUGGACCCCAGGCCUCCCGGUGAGGUGAGUGGGGCCAGCUGCCGCCCCGUAAGCCUGCUCCAGCCAGAGACUUGCCUGUCUGGGCCCUGGGGCCUCGCCCACAGCAUUGAGGACCCUCUCUUUGGGGGCUGGGGGCUGGUGGGGCCUUUGACAGGCUUUUCUUCUUUGUAUUUGUGGAGGAUGUAGCUUACCAGCCAGCCCUGGGGCAGACCCUGGGACCCUGGCGGUCAGGGGCCCUGAGGGCUCCCAUGUGUGUGCGUGUGUGUGCUCAGUGUCUGCAUCUAUGCAAAACGUGCAGCUCCAGGCAGCGGAGGGGCGGCGGCCUGUCCCCGACUGUGCAGGGCACAGAAUGUGGGACUGGAGGGCAAGGCCGGGCCGGGCUGUGGAGCGCUCAUCCUCCAGAUGCCUGCUUAAUACCUCCUCCUGUUGGCCUGUGACCCUCCCCCCUGCCCUCGGCUCCGGGAGCAGAAAUCUCUGGGGCCUCCACUUCCCUAGCCUUGGCCAGAGCUGAUUGGAUCCUAAGGGACAGUGUUUCCAGGAGCCGCUUUCUGGGACUGCUGGUCCCUUGGAGCCCAGCGGCCGGAAGGGGCUUCUUAACUGUAGCCUCCAGGCCAGAGUGGCCCUGCUGCCACUUCUCCGGUCCGGGCUCAGGCAGGCGCCAGCGUCGAGGCUGGGACUCUGCACACAGAGCUGGCCUCGGGCGGAGUUCACUGACACCUUAGCUUUUCACUGUACACCCUUCCCAAUCCCCACGUGCGCAGGGGUGCCUGACGGCGCCGCGGGGACGGGUGGGCAAGUGACCAGGUUCUGGGGCACAGGUCUACUGCGGGGCCUCUGCCCAGUGACCUCGUGAUCCCCUGGGUGACCUAGGGGCACAGUGCAGACACGUCCCAGGGCGCUCUUACGUUCUGCCAUCCACUUGACAGAAUCAGGGGAUCGGGAAGGGAGGAGGGACGGAGGGGUAGUCACUUUUGUCUCCUUUGUCCUUCUGUUCAGACAGAGCUGUCCCUGCAGCAGACAGCUCUGAAUUAAAGCAUGAAAACACACAGAACCCUCAGCCUGCUUUCUUUACCUGGCCGUUCUCCUGAGGGGGCAGGGCGGCGAACCAGGCUCAAGCUGCUCCCACCUGCGUGGGAGGCAGAAGGUGCACCUGGGAGACGCCCAGCCGCAGAGAUCUCUUCCCAGGUCAAGGGAACGGGAGAGCCGCGCGCUGGUUCAGCUCUGCCCGUGCGGCUGCUGUGGGCAGCCCGGCCGCCCUCCUCUCAGGCACCCCUGAAAUCAUUCUCGUGCCCCUGCGGCACCUGCAGAAGCAGUCUGCAGUGGGCGGGGACUCUGGAGCACCGCUGCCCCUCCUCCACAGCCCCACAUGGGUCCUCCGCUCUAGGCCCCGCCCCCUUCAAACUUGCGGGGGGGGGGGGGGGGGGGGCGAGUGCGAACGCAGAGCCAAGCACUGCACUCAGAGGCAGGUCGCAGAAAAGGCCUUGGGCUCACACUUGCCUAAAAGAAAACCAGCCCUGGCAUGUCACGGGACCAAAAUUCUGGGAUUUUUCAAUUACUUUUCAGGAAGGAAUUUUAUUUAAAACCAAAGCUUUAUUCAAAAGACAGGAGUUAUAACUAUGUACAGUGUGUGACCAAGAUCCAGUGAAGGAAAAAGAAAAACCUUGUACAAA